AUGUAUCUUGGAAUCAGAUUCGUACUGGCCGCCUGUUCCAAAUUUGCCCGCCUUCCCUUCAGUAGACCAACUCUCAUCAGCCUCCGUCUGGCACAUGUCCAUCACUCGGGCGGGUCAAUCAGCCAAGAAGUAUGCCUCUCUGUUUCGUCCACCAUGGGGCUACGGGAUCCUCCAGCGGGCUUCGCGGUGUCUAUCGCCACUUUGCUCACCUUCAUCCGUCAAAUAUUUGGUCUGUUUAUAAGCAGACCGCCAGUCUCCCCUCGGUUGGCUGAUGCCUACAUCAACAAGUUGGAGGAGGACUUCACGACGUCACCUCAGCGGGUAACACUAAGCAUGCGAUGCCUGGAGGACGAAUUCACAUUCUGGUCGAAUGUAAAGUAG